AUGCUCAAGACAGUUGAUGUUAGAACUGGCUUGCAAUUGCAGCCGAAGUUUUAUUAUUACUAUAGCAAGAGGAAAGAGAGUAGACUAGACAGACGUCUGCUGCUGACAACGGCUGUAAAUGGGGAUCGUUUCCGAAUUAAGGAGAAUGCAAUUGGAUGUGUUGGGAAUCAGGGACGUUUGAUAGGGAAGGAAGAAAGUGAUCGAUGGGUUCGUGCACCUCCCAAUUGCAAUCCUUUUGACAUGCGAGCAUCUUUUACUUGUUCCUCAAUGUCAUCUAAAGCCGCAGUUCCUCAAGCAACAUAUGGGCGUAGUAGGCUUAACACUGCAACAGGAAUCGAGCGUCCCGCUUCUAAUGCAGUACCUUUAAUGACUGUUCGAAAUGGGACUGCAGUUUACCGUCCAAGUAGCUGGAAACGAGAGCAACAAACGGGUAGUAUCAAUAAUUUGUUCAGUGAUUGCAGGCGUCACGAAGAUGGCUGUUUUUCAUCUCAUUUGCGUUGGCAAUCGGUUAAGGAUUGCAGUGAUAAUCUCUGUUCCCAAUCUAGCUCUCGUCCAGUGGUGUAUGUACCUGUAAAUUUAUUUCGUAAAAGCAACCAUUUCAACGUCGCAAGUGAUGUUAAAGUUCAUAAUGAUAAUGUGGGUGGCAAUAAUAAGUGUUCAUCAUCGCCUUCUUUACAGCCAGCAGCUGUUACUCCUAAUUUUAGUUCACCAUCUACGCCAAUCAAUAGAAUAGAUACUGUUAUUUCUAAGAAUUCACCAGUAAAUUCUACAGACCACAAAACAGAUUUUGUAACAAGCUGGUUGCCAGGUCGAAAAAUUGAUGAUCCAGAACAAGGAAUUAAAGAAGAGGUUAGUGAGGAGUUAGAAGAUGAACUCGUUACGAGUCAUUCAUCACAAUGCAAUACCCUUUGUUUGUUGAGUGGUAGUGAUCAUUGGGGAGUGACGAUAUCUAGUAGUAAUAAAUGA